AUGCACGGACGUAGGCGAGUAAAACCGUCAGCUGAAGUUGAGAAGCUUCGUAAAGAAAAAGAAGCAACCAAAAUAAAAGAAUAUAAUAAUUUAGUUACAUCAUGCUUUGAAAAGAGAGAUAAAAAUGAAUUUGAUAAUGAUGCUUUUACAAUAACUACAAAAAUCUUAUCACAAAAUCCUGAUUUUUAUACAAUAUGGAACUUUAGGAGAUCGGUUUUAUUAUAUGGAAUUCUGAAAGAAUGUUCGGAAAAAGAUAAUCAACAAACUUUAUCAACUGAGCUAGGUUUUCUCCAAGAACUCUUUAAGUUAAAUCCAAAAUCUUAUUGGAUUUUCAAUCAUAGAAGAUGGUGCUUGGAGAAAAUACCAAAUCCAGAUUGGAAUAUGGAAUUAAAACUUGUUGGCAAAUUUUUGGAAAUGGACGCUAGAAAUUGUAAACAUUUUAGAAUUCACGCGUGGGAUUAUCGACGCUAUGUGACAUCCCAACUUUCUUCCACCAUUAAAACUUCGCUCACUCAAACCGAAUUCGAUUUUACUACUACAAAGAUUAAUCAAAAUUUUUCUAAUUAUUCGGCUUGGCAUCAACGGAGUAAAUUAUUGCCGCGUUUAAUAAAAGAGCAAAAUUUGGAUGAACAGGACAAGAAAAACCUUGUUAAUAAAGAAUUUGAAUUGGUAAAGGCUGCGUUUUACACUGAUCCAGAUGAUCAAAGUGCUUGGCUAUACCAUUGGUGGUUGGUUGGUCGAGAAAUUCAACAUAUCUCUUUGCUUGGCGCAUAUUAUAAUCCGAAAAUGCGACAAGUUGUAUUGGCAUUUGAUGAUGAAAUUGGAAUGGUGAUUCCAUUUCAAGUAACUAAAAAGAUAAAUGAUAAAUCCCCUUCAAGUUACAUUGAAGGAAUGUGGAGACCUGCUGGAGGAGAAUUAAAACAUGAUCAGCUUAAUAUUGAUAGAAGUUAUGGCUUUGUUUGGAUUUUUACAUUUUUUGAUUCUGUGAAGGAUGAUUUUACAGAAUUAAUCGUCACGGUAAAGCCAGAAUUUAUCGUGCCAUCACAUUCUGAGAUCAAGUUAACAAGAACUAUUCAAAGGCAUUGUAUUAUUAACGACGAUUAUAAUUUAGAAAACGACUUCAUUAUAUCUAUGUCACAUUUGAGUGUAAGUGAUGUAUUAAAGGAAUCAUCAAGUUCUUUAAGUCAGAAUCCAGAUACUUUACCAAUAGAUGCGUCAGAAAGGAUUAAACUUUUACAACGUGAAAUUAGUAUGGUUCGAGAACUAUUGGAAUUGGAACCAGAUAGCAAAUGGUGUUUACAGACUUUAGCAAAUCUCUUAAGAGAAUUAAAAUACAUUUCUGGAACAAAUAUGGAAGAGACUUCGAAGAUCGAUUAUGAGGUUGUUACAAUUUGUGAUCAUUUAAUUAAGAUUGAUAAGUUGAGAACAAAAAGAUUUGAAGAUUUACGUUCAAAAGCGAUUUUUGAGUCGGCAACUAAAUCAUUAAUCAAACUUGUUUCAAAAGAAUUAGCAUAUAGUGAUGAUAUAGAACAAUAUCAAAACUCGACAUUUUCACUUGAAUCCAAAAACCUUACAAUAAUUCCUACUCCAUCAAUUUUAUUAUAUAUUACCAAAUUAAACUUAUCAAAUAAUAAGCUUACAUCAAUAAAGUUUCUUGCUAAUUUAAUUGACUUAAAAGAAAUUGAUGUAAGUAAUAAUUGUAUUACAGAUAUAAGUGGAGUUAGUAAGUUAAGAAAUUUAAAAGAUUUGAAAAUACAAAAUAAUUAUAUCAAAAAUUGGGAAGAGGUAAAGAACGGAUUUAUUGGAUGGCAAGGGGUUGAAUGUAAUAUUUAUAUAUUUGGAAAUCCAUUAAUUGUAAAUAAUAAUGAAGUAGAAAAUUUGAAAAUUGGAUGGGAGGAUGAGAUUAAGGAAUAUGGUGAUCAAUUGAAAAUUAUAUGGAAAUAA